ACUGCGCCACCAGGGAAGUCCCGGGAGUUUCUUAUUCUGACACAGCUUGUCACUUCCUGUCAAAGGGGAACAGCAGGUGCAAACUGGGCCCCUUACCUGGUGGCUAUUGGCCUGAUUGAUGAGUCAUCCCCAUAAAACUCCUGGGGCCGUGGGCCCUGGCUGCUCACGUUGACUUACUCUUUGAACCCCAUCUAAUGGAAAUGAGGGCAAACAGAGAAAAUGCUUCCUCAUGGGUCCAGUUCAUGGACCUUGGGGGACAGUAUCGACCCACCAACUGGACCAUCUCCAAGGGCCCCUCCAGCUCAAAAACCCCGUGAACUCUACCACCCUUGGUGCUUGCUUCCAAGGUCUCAGGUGGACUUCCCAGGACCCAGGGCUGCACAUCUGGGCCCCAGAAUCAUGGGGGGUGGGGAGCCAGUUGAGGAAGCAGAAAGGAAGUCAGCCUCCCUGGUUGUUCCUGUGAUGACAGGCUCUUUGUAGCUCCAUCCCCACGUUAGAGGUGUUUAUUAGGCUGAGCCUCUGCCCCUUGAGGUGAGUGUGAGAUCUACCGCUCUCCAGAGCCUUAAUUUAAGCACAGAAGCCACACACCAGGGAUUGAACAAACAGUUCUCUAUUUUUACAGGCUGACUUGACCUAGUCCAAAGGCCGAGGCCUCCUGAGGAUUUGACACUAAUCCUGUUGGAUAUUUCUCAUACCUCCCUCAUGCCUCAUCUGGUGUUGUUCCUUUCUGGACUGAAUAGGUUCUGUUUCUUCCUCAUUACAAGUUUCUGCCUGUGUGAAGUUUUAGAAAGCUUCAGGACACAUUCCAUUUUUGAGUGGCCGAAGCCACAGAAAGUUAAUAUUUGGAACGGUAGGAGAGGAAGCGCUACAGGCAGAAACCUGGGUUUGAUUAAAAAUUAAAAAAAAAACAGAAUUGUUGAGAAUCCACCCUGACUGGAUUGAAAGAAGAAAAGCAAUUCCUUUUCCCUAAGGUGUCGGGAGGCUCUUGGUAGGGGUAAAGGCCCCUUAGUGCUGGAGAAUCGCUUGGUGGCGCUUGGUGGCAUAUUGGACGUGAGGUUCUCGCGCUGGAUCUGGGUUAGGCAGGAUGGGCAAUUACAGUGAAGCGUUUAAAGUGAAGGAGGAGAGUGGAACAAACAGUUGGAUCAAAAGAGGGUAUGUAGCCUGUCCCCCAUCCUCCCAACAGGCUGCACAGCCAGGUGGGGAGGGCACAGGCCGCUCAGGGUGUUAGCUGACAGACUUGCUAAUUAAACACCUAAGGGCAACAGUGCUUUGCCAAUAGUGAUGGCUAUGCCAACGCUAUCAGCUGCAAACUGGCUGCCAGGAGCAUCCUAAUUAAAAAUAAACAGUUCUGGGGGUGGCUGAGAGAGUGGGAUGGGGAUCCUGCCCGGGUUUCUCGGGACUUCUAGGAUUGCUCCUAGGGGAAAGUCACACCCAGUUCGCCUUUGGGUCCUUUUCUCAAAGGAGCCUGUGUCUCAUCACAAGGUGGUGUGAUGUGUGCUUCUUGAACUCCUAGGUGCUGGGGCGACAAGCAAACAGACAGAGCCUCUAGGAGCAGAUUGCCUGGUGACUUCAGCCCUGGGGAGGAAAGGCUGCCUGGGGGGAUAAUGAUUUCUGCUGGGUCUCUAAAUUGAGGGGACAGCUAAAGCCCAAAGCCUCUUCUAAAAGAGGUUAGAAUUUCAUCAGAAAGUGAGUCUGGUCACAUGAGGAUUUCUGGCACUGUGUGCAUGGCAGGCUGGACACCCGCCUGCCAGAAUUGAGCGAGUGGAUCGUAUUGGCUUCAGCGGAGAGGGAAAGUCCCAGCCCGGCCGGGGAGAAGGAGCCUCUCACUCCCCUGCGGCCCGCGGGCUGGAGCAGCAUAGCUGCUGCAGCGGGACUGGAGCUCUCGCGCCUCAAGCCCCCUCUCCUUUAACCCUGAAGAAAGUGUGUGGUCCAGGGACUGAAGACUGAAAGAUGCCUAAGGAAUGCAAUGCUUUCCACGCCCUCUCGGCUGCUCUGUGCUGCUUCUAUCACCGCAAGUCUUUCCUUGGAGUAAAGUUCUCCAAGGAGAGGCACGUCAUGGACAGGACCCAGGAGAGGCUGAAGAAGGAGCUGGAAGAGGAGCUGCUGCUGAGCAGCGAGGACUUGCGCAGCCAUGCCUGGUACCACGGCCGCAUCCCCCGACAGGUGUCAGAAAACCUCGUGCAGCGAGACGGUGACUUCCUGGUUCGUGAUUCUCUGUCCAGCCCCGGAAACUUUGUCCUGACCUGCCAGUGGAAGAACCUCCCUCAGCACUUCAAGAUCCGCCGGACGGUCCUGCGGCUCAGUGAGGCCUACAGCCGAGUGCAGUACCAGUUUGAGAUGGAGAGCUUCGACUCCAUCCCCGGCCUGGUGCGCUGCUAUGUGGGCAACCGGCGGCCCAUCUCCCAGCAGAGCGGAGCCAUCAUCUUCCAGCCCAUCAACAGGAUGGUGCCCCUGCGGUGCCUGGAGGAGCAGUACGGCACCUCCCCCGGCCAGGCCCAGGAGGGCAGCCUCGUCGAGGGAAGGCCGGACGUGGCCAAGAGGCUGAGCCUCACCAUGGGCAGCCCCCAGGCCCGAGAGCAGAGCUUGCCCAGGGGCAACCUCCUCAGAAAUAGAGAGAAGAGUGGUAGCCAGCCAGCCUGCCUGGAUCACAUGCAGGACAGAAGAGCCUUGUCCCUCAAAGCCCACCAGUCGGAAAGUUACCUGCCAAUUGGUGGUAAGCUGCCCCCUCAGUCCCCAGGUGUGGGCACAAGACCCUGCCCAAACUCACCGGUUUUUAGGACCGGCAGUGAGCCCACCCUGAGCCCAGCAGUGGUUCGGAGGGUCUCCUCGGACGCUAGGGCAGGGGGGGUGCUGAGGGGCUCAGACAGCCAGCUAUGCCCCAAACCGCCCCCCAAGCCCUGCAAAGCGCCCAUGCUCAAGGCUCCCCGGUCUCCGUCCACCUGGCUCAACUCAGAGGCCAACUACUGCGAACUGAACCCAGCCUUGGCCGCAGGCUGCGAUGGGGCAGCACGGCCGCACUUCUGUGCCCAGGACAGCUACGUGGACCUGCUGACAGCCAAGCAGAACGGCGGGCCGGCUGCCCGGAACUCUGACACCAGCUACUUGAUCCUUGAUGACGAUGACGGGGCAAAGCCUUGGGAGCCGCUGCCGACCCAGAGGGACAAGGGGCAGGAGGACGAGGGUACAUUCGUGACACCCCUCCUGGAGACUGCCUCCUCCUUCAAGCCCAACGACCUUGAGUCGAAGCUCCUUCCUCCUGAGAACAAGCCCCUGGAAACCGCGAUGCUGAAGCGUGCGAAAGAACUGUUCACCAACAACGACCCCAAGGUCAUCGCCCAGCACAUGCUGAGCAUGGACUGCAAGGUCGCGAGGAUACUUGAAGUCUCUGAAGAGAUGAGGAAGAACAUGGGCAUGAGCUCAGGGCUGGAGCUCAUCACCUUGCCUUAUGGCCACCAGCUGCGCCUGGACAUCAUCGAAAGACACAACACGAUGGCCAUCGGCAUUGCAGUGGACAUUCUGGGCUGCACGGGCACUUUGGAGGACAGAGCAGCCACCCUCAAUAGGAUCAUCCAGGUGGCAGUGGAGCUGAAAGACUCCAUGGGGGACCUCUAUUCUUUCUCGGCCAUCAUGAAGGCCUUGGAAAUGCCGCAGAUCACAAGGUUAGAAAAAACGUGGACUGCCCUGCGGCACCAGUACACACAAACCGCCAUCCUCUAUGAGAAACAGCUGAAGCCUUUUAGCAAAAUCCUGCACGAAGGCAGAGAGUCUACGUGUGUUCCCCCAAACAAUAUAUCAGUCCCACUGCUGAUGCCUCUUGUGACCUUAAUGGAGCGCGAGGCUGUCACUUUUGAAGGAACUGACAUGUGGGAAAAAAACGACGAAAGCUGUGAGAUUAUGCUGAACCAUUUGGCAACAGCCCGACUCAUGGCAGAAGCGGCAGACAGCUACCGGAUGAAUGCUGAGAGGAUCCUGGCAGGUUUUCAACCAGAUGAAGAAAUGAGUGAAAUCUUCAAGACUGAAUUCCAAAUGAGAUUGCUAUGGGGCAGCAAAGGUGCACAAGUCAAUCAGACAGAGAGAUAUGAGAAAUUCAACCAGAUUUUAACUGCCCUCUCACGUAAAUUGGAACCUCCUCCUAUAAAGCAGGCAGAGCUUUGACAACUGACUCUCCAGAGAACCUUAGGAUAUAAUUUCAAGCUUAUCCGGUUUCUUCUUUGAGAAAGCUUAUCAUUUGAUAAAGUAAAGUAAUAAUGUGCAAAUCUGACAAUAUACAAGCUUUUAGUAUCCACAGGAUAUUAAACAUGUAAAUUGCACAGAGCACACUUAUUUAUGAAUUGUUUAAAAUUACUACUGAUUUUAAAAUGAAUGAUAAUUUAUUAAGGUAACUAUUGCUAAUGCUGAUCAACAAAUUUAAGUGAAGACCCAGCUACACUGGCUGGUUGCUUUCUAUUACCGAGGUAUUUAACCAUUUUAGUUUUAAUAAUUCCAUGUCAGAUAAGUGUAAAUAGAAGAGUUUAAAAGCAUGAAACAUUUCAGAAGGUAUCAGUUGUAUGAUAUUCUUUAACUAAAUAUGAAAAAUGUAAAUAGUCAUAUGAAAAUAUAUCUUUUUGUGAAAC